GUAAGCCAGACAAAUUCACUUCCUGCUGGCAGCAAUGGCGUCUGCUACGGCAGGAGAGCAGCUGGAAUGCUCCAUCUGUCUGAGUAUUUUCACCGAUCCUGUAAUGCUAAGAUGUGGACAUAACUACUGCCGGGUGUGUAUUGAUCGUGUGCUGGAUACGCAGGAGAGGUCUGGAGGGUAUUCAUGUCCGGAAUGCAGAGACGAGUUUCAGGAUCGGCCUGCACUGCAGAGGAAUAUAUUUCUACGUAACAUUGUAGAGAGUUUCCUGUCCGCUCAGCCGGAUCUGUACGAGUCCGGGGUCUUCUGUACGUAUUGUUUUCAUGCUGCCGUACCUGCUGUUAGAUCCUGUCUGCUGUGUGAAGCUUCUCUGUGUGAUAAUCACCUGAGAGUCCACAGCAAGGCGCCAGAACACGUCUUAUGUGACCCCACCACUUCCCUGCAAAUCAGGAAAUGCUCCAUCCAUAAGAAGAUCCUGGAGUAUUUCUGCAUUCAGGACUCUGUCUGUAUCUGUGUGUCUUGCUGCAUGACUGGGAAACACCAAGGGCAUCAGACGGAGUCCCUGGACAAGGUCUCCGAGAAGAAGAAGAAGAAACUGAGAAAUGAUCUCCAGAAACUGAAUAUAAAGAGAAAUGCGAUGGAGAGCAGAGUCCGGAGUCUACAGGAACGCAGGAGGAAGGUAGAAGAGAAAAAAGAUGGUGAAACUAAGAAAGUCACUGUCCUGUUUAGAGACCUCAGGAGACGUCUGGAGGACCAGGAGAGGAGAGUCUUGAGGGAGAUCUCCGGGCAGGCAGAGAGGGUCUCGUUGUCACUCAAUGAUCUGAUCCAUCAGCUAGAAAUAAAGAAGGACGAGCUGUCCAGGAGGAUGCGUCACAUUGAGGAGCUGUGUAACAUGACGGAUCCAUUGACUGUCCUACAAGAAGCAGAUACAGGUGACUUGUGUGAUACCAAGGAUGAAGGUUUUGAGGACAGGGAGAGAGAGGAUAAUCUCCUCCAUGAUGGAGAGGACCUGGACAUGGCUGCGAUCUCACAUACAUUACUUACAGGGUUCUCUGAUAUAGUAACAGAGGUAAAGGUGUGCUUCUCUAUGGACAAACCUGCAAACUUAUCACUGAAUGUAAACACGGCUUGUAAUAAACUGCAUAUAUCAGAUGACAUGAAAACCGCAUCCUGCUUACCAAACCAGAAUCGCCCAGAAACACCGCAGAGGUUUAAGGUUUAUCCUCAGGUGAUAAGCAGUCAGAGUUUCUCCUUAGGGCGACAUUACUGGGAGGUGGAUGUGGGGGAGUCACAAUGGUGGAGACUUGGGGUGUGUUACCCCAGUAUAGACAGGAAAGGAGUGCAGUCAUGGAUUGGAUAUAAUCAGAAGUCUUGGGGUCUGUACAGGUUUCAUGGUCAGUAUUGGGCAAUACAUGACAGUCAAGAGAUCCAAUUACAGGACAGUAUCUCCUGUGACAGAGUCAGGAUAUAUCUGGAUUAUGAGGCCGGGAAGAUCUUCUUUUGGGCCAUGUGUGACCCGAUCCGACAUCUCCACACCUUCACCGCCACCUUCAGUGAGCCCCUCCAUGCAGCUUUCGGGGUAUGGAAGGGAUGUGUAAAGAUAUCCGGAUAGAAGGCGAGAUGUGAA